AUGCAAGAUGUACCGCAACACCUGCACCCGUACUGGUGUUUCCGCGAUGACCUAACAAUACUUGACGGUCUCAUUAUGAAAGGGAAUAGAGUCAUCAUUCCCACCAGUAUGCGACAUGACACGCUCGAGCUCAGUCGACUACAUGACGCACACCAGGGCAUUACUUCAACCCUUCGACGUGCAAGGCGCACCGUUUACUGGCCAAAGUUGCAGGAUGACAUCACUGAGAUGGUCCAGAAAUGUGAUGACUGCCAAAGGCAUGGUAACAAGAAAUCUAGAAUCCCAGAACGACAAAUAGAGUUCCAAGGCAGAUAUGCACUGGUCACGGUAGAUUAUUUUUCCGGAUUCCUCACAUACGACACCCUGAAAGUUCAAACAAGCGAAGCAGUGAUAAAGGUGCUAAACAGCAACUUCAGAAAAUUCGGGCUACCAGAGAAGAUACUCUCAGACAAUGGCCCGUGCUUCAGAUCUGAAAGCUUUCGACGUUUUUGUGAACAGCUCGAUAUUGGCCACAUAACGUCGAGUCCGUAUCACCACCAAAGCAAUGGUAGAGCGGAAAGAGCUGUUGGGAUUGUCGAACAUAUUCUGAAGAAAAGCAGAAGCGAUGUAGCCAUCACAAAGGCACUUACAACUUACCUUGACACCCCAGUAAGUGACACACUACCAUCACCGGCUGAACUCUUCUUUAACAGGCGGAUUAAUACCCGACUUAGCAUGAACAUGACACCAGUACCUUUGACUGAUCAGCAAAAAACUGGUCUCAAUGACAAGCGCUCAGCUCACUUGAAGUCAACAAAGCAGGACCAAGUGAAGUACAUGCUCAAUCAACCUGUUUGGUUUACCGAUGAUGCCUUGGAUGAAUGGAAACCUGGUUAUAUCGACUCUAAAGACAGCACACCAAACGCAUACUGGAUUAUCAACGACGCAAGCAACAGAAGGUUGAGACGGAAUACACAUGACAUUAAACCACGCCAUACCUUUAUCGCACACCAGCGACCCCAACAGACUGUCUUCGACAGUCAUCCAGAAUGCCACGUAGACCGCGAAAGCCCACCACCUGCUGUAGUAGAACAACCAAGUGGGUGGUCAGAAAUACCUGAUUCACCCCCAGAAAUCCACCAUCAUCACCUACGAUGA